ACUGUAGCUCAAUGUGGUUAUUGUGGGAUUAUUACUUGCUCACUAGUCACUACGACUGCGCCAGCGUUUCUUUGUACUAAAUUAAUUCCACUUUUUAUAUUGUUUAUAAUGUCAUUAAUAUCAUUAUAUAUGGACGAACAAAAUAAGCGCGACACGGGAGUAUCACGUGCAAGUCAAAGUCUGGGCCGCCCAUGCCUUCGCGCAUGAAACCUGCGGUAAACAGCUUCUUCCUCACCAAAUUAUGAAUUUCAGACGAAUUUACACUUCUUUAAGACGCUAUCUAUUGCGAUACACUUGGCGCCAAAUAACUAAACUUAUUUGCUUCAUAUUUUUUCUGACCAUUAUUUUGUUACAUUUUGUGUUAUUACCCGCCGUGACAGGGGCAUACAACGACGAUUGUUACCUAACCGACAACAAAUUAAACAAUCUUCGUCAUAUGAUACUUACAUCUGCAAAACUGAUGGAAAAAUAUAAAAUGACCUAUUGGCUAGAUUUUGGAACAUUGCUUGGGGCAGUGAAAUUUGGAGAUGUUAUUCCUUGGGAUGGAGAUGCUGACAUAUCUAAUAUCUACAUUGAAAAAUUCAAUCCGUCUGACAUGAACAAAGAAUUUGCAACCUACGGUAUCCAUAGAAACAGUUUGGUUGCGCUAGUUAACCACACACAACUGGACUAUUAUAGGUGGACUGUGCAUGAUGGUAUAUUUAAUGGUAUUAAACAAAAGGUACUCAAGAAGUAUUACCCAAAAUGGAUUACAGAUAAUGAUAAUAUUUUUGUAAAGUUGGAGCACAGUCGUGAAACUGUACCUUUGGCAUGGGUGGUGCCAACAAAGACAAUAGACUUUCUUGGUAUUCCUGUUGCAGUUCCAGGGCAAUAUGAGAGAAUGCUUGAUGCUCGGUACCCUAUGACCUACCGGUACAACAUACAUACACCGUACAAGUGGAAAUGCUGGUUACCCUGUUGGUUAACUGGUGAAAAACCUUGUAAGCGUUAUUUCGCCAAAAAAUCAAAACAAAACGCAAAACACACUUUUCACUAAUUUUUCUAUUUGUAUACAUUUGUAAAUUAAUUUUCUAUUCAUGAAU